AUGGGCAAGAAGAACAAGAAGUCCGCCGAACACAAGGAACGGGUAGCGGCGAAGCAGUCCAAGAAGGCUGCCCAGAAGGAAAAGAAGUCCAAAACCAAGGGACGAGACGCCGACAGCGACGUGGAAGAUGCCGACUUGGAUGCCAUUCUGGCCCAGUAUGCAGAGGAACAGGCCAAGUUCCUUAAAGUCACUGAGGUUUCCUCGGGACCGCCCACUCCCCGGUCCUCAGCAACAGUGAUUGCCUCUCCGUCGAACCGCAAUGAAUUGUUGGUGUUUGGUGGAGAGUACUUUGACGGCACCAUCGCAACUUUCUUCAACAAUCUCUUUGUCUAUAACAUUGACCGUGGAGACUGGAAGGAAGUUACAAGUCCUAAUAGUCCGCUGCCGCGUAGUGGUCAUGCUUGGUGUCGUGGAGGCAAUAGCGGUGGCAUCUAUCUUUUUGGAGGUAAGCGUCUCCAUAUCUAUAUCAAUUUUGGAAUCCAAUCUGAUACAUGUCGCACAGGAGAGUUCUCUUCGCCGAAGCAAGGGACAUUCUAUCAUUACAAUGAUUUCUGGCAUCUCGACCCGUCUACCAGGGAAUGGACUCGUCUGGAGACUAAAGGAAAAGGGCCUCCCGCCAGAAGUGGUCACAGAAUGACAUACUACAAGAACUACAUUCUCCUGUUCGGUGGAUUCCAGGAUACCUCGCAGCAGACCAAGUAUCUUCAGGAUCUGUGGAUCUACGAUUGUUCCAAGUAUACAUGGUUCAAUCCUCCCUUGGCCACUGCCUCGCAGAAGCCCGAUCCUCGCUCUUCAUUUUCGUUCCUCCCCAACGAGUCAGGCGCCGUCCUUUAUGGAGGCUACUCCCGUGUCAAAGCAUCAACGGUGGUCGGGAACAGGCCGCAAAAGGGUGGCCCUCAGCGUAUGACGAUGAAGCCCAUGGUCCACCAAGACACAUGGCUUCUCCGUGUCACGCCUCCUGAAGCAGACGCAGGAGCAUCCGCAGCGCCAACAGUGCGCUGGGAACGUCGCAAGAAGCCCGCGAACUCGCCCAAUCCCCCUCGCGCUGGUGCGACUAUGGCGUACCAUAAGGGCCGCGGUAUAAUGUUCGGUGGUGUCCAUGAUGUGGAAAUGAGCGAGGAAGGUAUCGACAGCGAGUUCUUCGAUACUCUCUACGCGUGGAACACAGAUCGCAAUCGGUUCUUCCCCUUGAGUCUGAGACGGCCCCGCGCUCCGGGCAAAAAGCAGUUGGCGAACCAAGCCAAAUCUCGGGAUCGGACCAAGGCCGACGAAGAAGAACUCUUGAAGAAUUUGAAGGCCCUUGAGGCAAAGGGUGGUCUCCGGGGUGAUGAUAGCGACGACGAAAUGCAGUUGAGCACGCCCAAGAGCGAGGAGAAGCCCGAAGAGCCACAGAAACCUUCCAUUGUGCGGUUUGAAAUGCCGCAUAGACGGUUCAAUGCACAGCUAGCCGUGCAAGAUGAUACGCUUUUCAUAUUCGGAGGCACCUUUGAGAAAGGUGACCGGGAGUUUACAUUUGAUGACAUGUACUCCAUCGACUUGGUGAAGCUGGACGGUGUCAAGGAAAUCUACUACAACGAACCAGCAAACUGGCAUCUUCUCAACGAAGAAGAGAGUGACGACGAGAUGGAUGAGGACGAGGAGGAGGAUGAAGAUGAAGACGAAGAAGACACGAUGUCAUUGGAUGCAUCAUCCCAAGCUCCUACUGAGCUGACAGAGCCGACAGUGCCAUCUGUGACCAAAGAGAUGGAGCAGCUGGAGGUGGAAGAACAAGAAGGAGAGCCAUCAGUACAGGAUAGCCGGCCUCAACCUCGACCUUUCGAGAGUUUACGAGAGUUUUUUAGCCGGACUUCUGAAGAAUGGCAAAAGGUUCUGAUGGAGACUUUGGCAGAACGAGGUAUAACCAUCGAGAAGAACAUCAAGGAACUACGCAAAGAUGCGUUUAGUAUGGCGGAGGAGAAGUGGUGGGAUAGCAGAGAGGAGAUCAUGGCCUUGGAAGAUGAGCAGGAGGCCGCUGGAAUUGGUGAGGUUGUUAACAUUGCUGACCGAACCGAAAAUGCUGGUGGAGCAGGACGGCGCCGGUGA